AUGGUACUCGACCGGGCCCAUAAGCAGCGAUCCUACGUCCACGAGGAUGAUCCUCCAGGAAACCCGGGACGUCCGAAAGAAACAAGUCAAAGAUCGCUUGGAUACCCCAACAAAUAUCAGUCACCUAUACCUUGGCAAAGCGAGAGCCCCUCGACAUUUACUGAGCCGAGGGUGAAGCAGGAUGAAGAGUACACAGUGACCCGACCACCAGAUGGCGCUUGGGGGUACAGAUACCCCAAUGGAACGUGGAAUGGCAUGGUGGGGAUGCUUAAGCGAAAGGAAGUAGACUUGGCAUUCGUUCCAUUCAGCGUCCUGUACACUAGAGCCCAAGUCCUGGACUACACGGCAACGCUCAUGAUCGACUACGGCAGGAUUCUGGCUCGGAAGGGCAAGACCGAAAUCAAUCCUUGGGGAUUCCUGAUGCCCCUCACGCCAGGCGUAUGGCUCUGUCUUCUGUCUUCUCUGGGACUGGUCAUGGCCGUCUCUUUUACUAUUUCUUCAUUUAUGCAGAAAUAUGAGUGGCCUUCAGAGUUUUCUUUAAGAAAUUACGUAAGAAUUUUCCUAAUCCAAGAUCUGGAAGAUAAAUCCGUCAAAGACGUAGCCAGAAGCAUCCUGGCAGCAGCGUGGAUGAUAGCACUGGUGGUCGUGAUGGAAAGUUACGCUGGGAAUCUGAGGUCUCUUCUGAUCGUCCGUUACGUACCGCAGCCGUACCACAGAGUUCGAGCUGUGUUGGAUGACCCUCGAAUCACGGUUCUGUGGAUGUCGGGAGGUUCAUAUCAGCAGAUCUUAUACAGCAUUGAAACGGGAGACUUCAAAGAGCUGGCAAAUGCGGAGAAGAGCAAGAUUUCCUACUUGGAAUUUACCAAUUUCGAGGACAAAGUCAUCACCAAAGUGUCCCGUGGGGAUCACGUCAUGAUGUGGGAGGGGCUCGCUCUCGAGAUCAUAUUGACUCGUCAUUACUCGGAGACGGGGACUUGCUUGUUCUGCCUCUCCAAGGAACGGUUCUUCCCCCUCAUGAGUGCUAUGGGUACCCAGAAAUUCAGUCCCCUCAUCCCAGCUCUUAAUAAAAGAACCCCCUUGCCGUUGGGGAGGGUCGUAUACUACCAUCAAACGGGCCAGAGUAACACCCGUCUCCUCUCAGAAGCUGGGAUCACUUCGGCCCGCACAUGGUCAUCACCUGCAGGUCGAGGUGUGACGCUGGAUGGGGAGGUCCAGAUAUCGCCAGGGAGCCUUUCGUCUUUAAGAAAACGUUUCUUCUUCGGGAAGUGUUAA